AUGGCCCCUUCCUUCUUGAAUUUCAAGGAGUUGCGAAAACGAUCAAGGGCGAGUUUUAGAACCGAGCGGUCGACGGACGAAUCGAGCGAAGCUGGGAACAACACCACUCCUACUAGCGGUUCAUUGACACCCCCUUCGAUUGGAGCACAAUCGGAUCCGGCUUUAAACCUGCAACUCAAAGACCAACCGCUGCCUCCCCCCGCUCCUACUAUUUCAAGACCCCAAUCUCAGCUCUACCAAAAUGGCGGCAACAAUCGACUUAGUGUUUCGGGCAUGAUCGGCCUGGGGUCCCCGGUGCCGGGCGGACGAGGACCGAGUUUGCCAGUUUCUCAGUACUCUCCUCGAAUCACCAACGUGGCAGAUAGUUCGUGGCAGGUCUACCAAAAGGUUCUACUCGUCCACGGCACCAUCGGCGAACCCUUUCACCAAUUCCUUGAUGGCACGCUUACUGUGAGCCGUCCCGACGACAGUUUUCCCCCGAUAUCUUGGCCAGUGCACAACUCUUGCUUCAAAGCCAUGGUGUACCUGAUGCCUGGCGCCAACCGGUUGCGGUUCGACUUUUCUAGCCCAAAGCUCGCCAACAGCGGAUCUUCCAACCCUAUCCAUUCUUCUUACCUGACAGUUCACAUGAUUCCACCCGUCGGCGCCCCUCCGCUACAACUGGCGAUCAUGUUGGCAAAAGACUCCCCCGGUACCUUCGAUGCCGUACCAGCGCGAAUGGAAAGGGAAGGAAAUGGGUUAGAGACUGCGGUCCGCAAGUUCCGCAUGGCCGCCUACCUGUGGCAGGCAUUCACGGCCGAGCAAAUGUCGCGCAACAAGCUUGGCCGGCGUGCUUUUAGAUUUGAGGAGGAAUGGACCACAGGCGCGGCAAACCAUCGCGACAGGGAGAACGGUGUUCUUCGAUCCGAAGCAAGAGUGCAUAUUAUUCGGACCGAAAAAACAGUGGCUGAGCUUCGAAGUCUCAACCUGGCACAGCAAAACUCGAAGGCUACAGACGCAGGGGGUCUCUACGGCAUCACUGCAGAUGCUGUGCGAGAUUACUUCAAGCCACUCCCAGGUCAGAAGCUGUACGUGUCGGUUUUGCUUCUAGACGCACAUUGGGACACAGAAUCGAAAACCAUCGUUGGGCACGCGGCACUCGGUGGGCGAGCCGGUGACCUGCAUCUAGGCAUAUUCGGAUCCCACUGUCUUCAGAGCUAUCCAACGUGCUUUGAGGAGAUAGUGCCGGCCUUCACAGACUGCACGCCAACCGACACCAACCACGUCGGCAACGACUGCAACGACGCCGGAAGUUCUUGGGAGGCAGCCAACAUUGGAAUUGGAGCCCAUUUGCACGAGACAGGCCAUCUCUUUGGCCUACCUCAUCAAGAAAGCGGCGUCAUGCUCAGAGACUAUGUUACCCUCCACCGAACCUUCCUCACGCGUGAAGCGUAUUCCACCCGAACCCACUCAAAAGGCGGCCCCGUCUCCCAGGGAGAUGAGUGCACUUGGCAUCGUCUCGACUGUCUUCACUUCCGCAGCCACCCCUGCUUCCGCCUCCCCAACGACCCCGUCUUGAACCCGGAUGACAGCGUUCAGGGUUGGCCAAUGGAGGGCGGCACGCUCACGGUAACCGCUGCCACGGGGAUAGCUUAUGUCGAGAUUUAUAGCGAGGGCGACGACGUCUGCCACGCGUGGAUUGAGUACGCCCCUGAUAAUGGCGGGCCGGUCCAACGGUCCGUCUCCCUGAGCGAGCAAGACUUGCGCGGCAGACUUUCCGAAGCGAAAAGGAAAAGUCGGUUGCGGAUCUCGGUCAAAUCCUACGGAGGCGGCGCCUUGGAGGUAGAUGACUUUAACAAGCUCUGUUCCAAGGAUGCGACAUGCGUGCGGAUUCCUAGUGCUGUACCUGGUUUGCCCAAGGCGGCGCUGAGGGGCAAGAAACUGGGCUUGUCACAGAUGGAGGGGUCUGAAGGGCACGAAGUUGUGUUCACGAGCGCACUGAAGCAGGACCGGGUGCUGUCGAAGGUGGUGGUUUACCAUGGGUCGGCCGUGGACGGGAUGGAGUUUGUGUAUGAUGACGACUCGAGGCAGUUGUUUGGGAAGAAGGGCGGGAAGGUGGGCGGUGACGUGUUUGAUAUGGAUAUCCGGCGUGGCGAGUACAUCACGGGCUUUUUUGUCCGAUCCGGUUUUUGGAUCGACGGUAUCCAAGUCUUAACCAGCCUGGGCAGGAGAAGUCCGCUGUUUGGGAAUGCACAUGGCGGUGACCCGCAGUUGUGGCCCUUGGCUUGA